AUGAAUCGCAAGGGCGCAAAAAACGAAGAUGAGAUCCCCUCUGGCGGUGGUGGUGGCGGCGGUGGCGGUGUCAACAAUAACAAGGGCACCCUUGCCGACUGUAUCAACGCUGUCUCCUCUUGUGAAGACAAGGCCAAAGAAGGCGGUAUAAACACCACCAUGCGCGAGGGCAUGCUGGUCGCCUUUAACCUCCACAACAUCAUUCUCCAGGAUGUCGAUGAGAAUGAUGCAAAGGACGUUGUUGACGACAACGCAUUCGCUAGAGAAAACUUUAUGGCUAGGGCCAAAGGAAAGUGUCAUUGUGAUUGCUGCCGCAAGUCACUUGUCCGGUUUCUCGAGAUUGAUAUCUUGGGCCAGUACCUCGACAGCCUUAGGAAACACAUUGACGAGAAGGUCCCGGGAUGGGCUUAUCAGUCCUUGGAAAUGUUUCCAUUUCUCUCGCACGAUGAGGGUAUUCACCUCGUCCGUAGUCUUGUGCUUUUCCGUUCGUCUGCACCUACCACCGUCCACCAUCCCCAAGGAGUCCGCCGGAACGGAACCCUCCUUAAGUGGUCCAGCAUGUUUUCAAAAGGCGCGGCGCGGUUUGAUUCGAGAAUGCGCUUAGUAAGGUUCCGGCCUUUGCUGUUGAAUAAGCUGGCGUUCUUAGGUCUCGUUGCUGCACCUGAAGGGCUUCUCUCAGGAGAUCAGACGGCGUGA